GCGCACGCACGCGCGCCCUAAAAUGCCAUGGCAACCGAACGAUGACCCGACCGAGGGUAUUUAAGGUCAGCGCACUUUCCGAACGUUCCCUUUGCACUUUGACUUGAACACGAAUUUUAAACCUCUUGUGAAAUCAAACUGCUGAGAACCAAAUCUGUGAGUUUUUGACUGCUGGUCGAGAUCUACUGGAUACAAAUAUUGUUGGAGAAGUGAACUGCUAGAAAACAUCUUUAGUGGAGCACAGAAGAGGCUGAAAAAGGCCCUCCGGCCGCGGAGCAUCGAGGACGCCCACCGGCUGAAGGAAGUUUGCUGCGAUUGGACCCUUCGGUGUGCAACUGGUGAACUACAUCAUGGAGCGUCCUGCACAGCUUCCCAGCGUCCCUGAGGUCAUCGGGAUCCUCGACAUCGAUGGAGGUGGUCUCCCCAUCAGCAACUCCUCUCCCGAGGGAGAGGAAGGUAAGGUUGAGAUUGCUGUUGUGUGUGAUGGUCAGGUAGAGCUUGGUGUUGUGGGUGAGGCAGAAGGUAAGCUGCUUCCCUUGCUCUUUUCUGGCGUGGAGGAGGAAGAGGAUGAAGAGGAGGACGUGGGAUCCGACUGUGAGAGCGAAGAUUCUGGGUUCCAGAGUGAAGAGGACGAGGAGGACGGUGAAGAUGACCCUCCCACUCAGCGGCGGACACCUCUCAGCUGCUGGAUGGACUUUGAAGAAGCGCUGCCCCCUCUUCCCUGUCCCGCUGGCCGUCCUCUUUCCAUCCUGGAAGAAGAGGCUCUGCUCCCAGUCCCCCAGAAGUUCCAAGAGGACUGUGUGGAGGUAAGUGUGAAGAGGACCGGUGGGGACGACCACGAAGACCUCCCCCCCUCCACUUCCGGCCUUGGACCCUCCACCAAGAGGACCAGAGAAGAGGACUACAUGGAGGUAAGUGUGAAGAGGCAGAGGACCGGUGGGGACGACCACGAAGACCUCCCCCCCUCCACUUCCGGCCUUGGACCCUCCACCCUGUGGACCAGAGAAGAGGACUGUGUGGAGGUAAGUGUGAAGAGGACCGAGAAGAGGACUGUGUGGAGGUAA